AUGUCCGACUUUGAUGCCAUUUUGAACUCGAGCGAGAGCGAUCUGCUGUCCCUGUCAUAUAUCUAUGGCUCGGUUUCGCUCGCCUAUGGCCUGCUCUCGGCAUGGUACCUCUCCAACGCGUACCGCUUCAGCUAUGUGCAUAUUCACAUCCACAGCCUCGUCGGCUAUCUCAUCAUGGGCAAGACUUUGCUCAUGGUGGUAUAUUUUGGGGCAGCCGUCGGGAAGCUCAACAACGGAUACACCAUGCUCAUAUGCAGCGCGGGCGACUAUGCCCAUCAAGCAUUCAUGAUUGUCAUCGAGAUUCUGCUUUCGAAGGGAUAUGGGAUCACCCGGGCAAGGCUCACCAGUGCCGAGAAGAAAAUGGCGAUCUUUAUUGGCAUCGGGUUGACGACCAUUGGAGUUGCAACCAUCAGCUACGGCCGCUUUUAUAGCGCUACCCUCAUAUUUCUAUACUGCGUCAUGGCGCGGCUGCUUUUCAACACUAUCGAGGCUAAUCUUUCCAAGGCGGCGUCGUAUGCACUUCUUCUGGAUACCGGCGGGUAUCCCAGCCGCACACAGCCCAACCCAUAUCACUUCAAGUUCCAGCUUCUGAUGCACACCCGCACGCUGAUCUUUCUCCAUAUCAUCCUCGCCAUCACGGAUCAGAUCAUGGACGUCAUCACUUCGUUCUCGACCGUCAUUCGCGAGAGCAUCAUCCAGGGCCUGUUUUUGGUCUACUUUUCGUAUUUCAUCUAUCGAUUCCGGCUGGGCGACUGGCCUCCGUUGGAUCUGAGCCUGAUGCUGCCAGGCUCGGGGCGACUGCUCACUGCCGUUGAGGAUGGAUCAAUCGGGAUAUCGACGGCGAUGGUGAUGAUGCGAAUCGCAGCCAUGCGGGCGCGAGAGCUACGCAACCGGACCAACGUCGAGGCUGCCGCCGAUACUGAACCAGGUGCCGGUGACUUGAGCCCGUCCGCCUUGAUCAAGGAGCGCGAGCGAGCUGCUAAAGCGCUAGUGCUGAUAUCGCCGUUCGAGGUGCAAAAGCCAAACUUUAGCGUCUCGAUCUACAAGACGCUGAGUGCAAUGUCUUUGAACAACGGAGCCGGGUUGCAGCGAUCGCUCAGCAUGAGCACCUCGAGGGUCAAUGCCAUCGCUCCAGGCCCGCUUGGCAGCACCAGCCGCGCGACUCUGAAUCGCCCCCUCCGGGCUGUGCCUGAGUUCUCGAAUGCGCUCAGGCAAGCCGAGAGCGUCUCGAGCAACAUCCACAGCGUCCCUCCCGUCCUUCCUUCGCUCUAUGUGGCGCUACCGGAUGAGGAAGAGAAAACUGAGCCUGCGAAUCCUGUUCUGCUGAAGUCUGGCUAUUUGUGAAUACAUGCUCUCUCUGCAGCAAUAACCGCUCACACACAGCUUGGUACAAUGCGGUGAAUCGAUGCAGAGCAUUGGGCGGUCGUUGAAGGAAAUGGGUGUAUUCAUGGCCCGUAAAGGUCUGGUCGAUUGGUAUGAGAGCAGAGUGCUCCGCUUCGUUCUGUGCAGAUCUA